AUGGCCCAGCCUCAGGACGACCAAAGCGGGAAAGUCCCCCCGCAAACUCCUGGCUCGGAUCGGGACUCUCUCGGCAUUCGAACCUUUCAUCCUGAACAGCAGGAAUCAAAUGGUACGGAGGACUUCAGCAAGGACGUUACGGACGGCAUCUUUGAGAGCAUUUUGCGAGACUCUUCAGUAGCACCUGGCGAGUCCGAGGAUGUGACAAAGCUUAGAGCGAAGGUGUCGCAGCUCGAGACUGAGGUCUCAGGUCUGCAGCACGAGCUAUCUCAACGCCAGGCCAGUACUGUCGUUCCAGGGGAAGGCGAGCAGCUAAGUUUCGCAGCAACAGCGUCGGAGGAGCCUCCGCUGCUUGGAGCUGCAUAUCAGCAGAUAUCGGUUCUGAACACCCAGCUUGCGCACCUCUACACGGAGCUCACGCUUUCUCGGACCGAGGCUGCUAGCCUUCGCGCCGAGAAGGAGCAGGCGGAGGCCGGUGGCGGGGCCAACGAGAAGCUUGCAGCCUCAGAGGCUGCUGUUUCAGCAGCGCAGGCCGAGAGCCAGCUCCUUGACAUCGGGCUGGACCUCGAGUACCACCAGCAGAAGGUCGACCAGCUUCUGGAGGAGAAGCAGGUGGUCAUGAAAGACAUGAAGUCUUUACAGCAGGAGGUGACUGAGGCCCGGCAGCAACUUGAAGAAAAGGAGCAAGUCCUCAAGCAUCAGGAGGUGGAUAUCAUGCACUACCGUCAGCUUGAGCAGCUCCCACCUCGGGCCGUGGCCUCCAAGACCCGGCUAGGAUUCCCAAGACUUGAAGGCAAAGUCCUCGUGGAGGUAAAGACGGUGCAACACUCAGCUGGAAAGGCCAAGCCGCUGCACAGGCACCAAAGGCUGCGGCUCGUGAUGAAUCGAGGCGAUGAUGGCGUGCUGGAUGCGUUGCGCACGGAGGCUGCUGCGAAGGACAGUGCUUCGAGCUCAGCCCUCAUCGUCUCCCAUUACGAGCUCCACAAGGAGAAGCUCAUGCGAGAUCGCCUAGAGCAGAAAAACCUGAAGCUCAUGGAGCGCAUGCAAAAGCUCAUGAUGGUAGUGGAAACCAUGCGGAAGGACAACGUCAACUUGGAGCGUUCACUCGCGUCGAAAGACCGGAUGUACGAGGAGAAAGACGCACAGCUCCGAAUAAUCAUGCAGAAGGUUCGGCAACUGCAGAAGAACACAAAGGGCAAACCCAAAGGGGCGGCAAAGGCCAAGGCACCACAGCCGGUCCUAGAGCUCGAAGGUUCCGUGCAGAACUUGCCACCUCUUGAGUCGUCCAGAUACUCGGGUCCGGCAAGUGGAAAGCAGAGUGGUCGCUCUACUCCACGGGGUGGGCCCCCUGGGCCUGAGCCUGAGGAAUCCGAGACUAAAGCCUGA